UGUGCGGUACUUUUCGGGAUAUUUCUGCGUUGUCCUUUCUGGAGGUUCAGUUAAACCUUGCCUAUCGGCGCCAUUGGGACAGCCGUGUCGUUACACUGGAGUAUGUCCAUCCAAACAAUGAAAACCAUACAUCCGGAUCUGGCGAUUGCGACAAUAUUCGUUGGGUCACCAAAUUUCCUUUCCCGUUUGCACACAGGGAAUACAUAUACCUGCGUCGUUGGUGGCUUGAGCCGGGCGAUAUUCAUAUCCAAGUUAAACGCAACCAAUGUUCAGAUAUCCAGAGCACAUCUGCCGAUUGUGAAUUGACAUCUUACGGACGUUAUGCUAUUGUUUUCUCACGCUCAUCCUUGUCUGCUACCGAAGACCUCAUCAAAAAGCGCAGCUUCAGUGAAUGGACCAAAAAGCUCAAGCGGCAGGCCCCUAUUUUGGUAACCGCAUAUCGAUCAGCGCUUCUUAUUGAGGCUCAUACGCAAUUUGAUGAGGUAUGCCCAGCUGACAACGCUUUUUGUCCUUCCUGGGAUGAACUACUACUUGGUCUACUACGAUGAUCCUCGAUUUUCAAUGGGUGAUCCCACCAUCGGGGUUGUGGUUGGAAAAGCCAUGGACCAAUUUAUGGAGCAACUUCAUGAUGCUGCGCUAAAACUCACUCAGCACGGCCUUCCAGAUAACACAGACGCAGUGGUUUUCCGACGAAUAACCCCCAAGUCGAACGAAUCCAUUAAUUCCCCACCCAGCUCCACCACUUCUUCAGGGUCAGCUACGGAUUCAAAUGUUAGUCUGAUCUCUCAGUCUACAUCAAAGCCUUCUAACUCUCAGUUUCUCAAAUGUGCCAGCUGAAUACAUUUGUCCAGAUCGGCCGAAUGCCCUUGCACUAUUCCGUCAACUUUUCACACACCAGCCCAGAGAUGGGCAACUCCUUUUACAAAGUUGUUCGCCCCUCACACUACCGCCUUGUAGAUUUUUCGCUUUGUCUCCUUGUCACGCUAGACCUAGUUUUCCACUUCCCUCGCAGUUGUACAUUGAUCCAAUACCUCUAGUUCCUGGGCAUUUGCUUACUUUCAUAUGCUUUAUAUUUGAAUACAAAUAAACUCUUAGCCGCGUC